AACAGAGGCCUCUUCUUGGCCUAUAUAAACCUAACCCUACUUCGUUAGGGUUUUUGCUCAUUGCUUCUUUCUCGUCGCAGAACCAGAAGAAGAGCUGCCGGCGUCACAUCAGCUCAGCUCCAAUGGCUCCCAAGCGAGGCGGCAAGGCUCCGGUCUCUGCUAAGAAGAAGCAGGAGAAGGUGACGAAUCCCUUGUUUGAAAAGAGGCCAAAGCAAUUUGGAAUCGGAGGGGCUCUGCCUCCAAAGAGGGACUUGACCCGAUUCGUCAAAUUCCCCAAGACUGUUCAGAUCCAGAGGAAGAGGAGGAUUCUGAAGCAGAGGUUGAAGGUCCCACCUACUCUUAACCAGUUCACAAAGACACUGGAUAAGAACCUCGCCACAAACCUAUUCAAAAUGCUUCUGAAGUACAGACCGGAAGAUAAAGCUGCAAAGAAAGAGCGGCUCCUGGCUGAGGCUAAGGCUAAGGCAGAAGGAAAGCCUUAUGAGUCCAAGUCAAAGCCAAUUGUUGUGAAAUAUGGCCUUAACCAUGUGACGUAUCUCAUUGAGCAGAACAAGGCGCAGCUGGUUGUCAUUGCCCAUGACGUGGACCCAAUAGAGCUUGUUGUUUGGCUUCCAGCACUUUGCAGAAAGAUGGAAGUCCCAUACUGCAUUGUGAAGGGCAAGGCUCGCUUGGGCACGAUUGUCCACAAGAAAACUGCCUCUGUUUUGUGCCUGACCACGGUGAAGAACGAGGACAAAAUGGAGUUCAGCAGAAUCUUGGAGGCAAUUAAAGCCAAUUUCAACGACAAGUAUGAUGAGUACAGGAAGAAGUGGGGCGGUGGAAUUAUGGGUUCGAAAUCUCAGGCCAAGACCAAGGCCAAGGAGAGGCUUCUUGCUAAGGAAGCUGCUCAGAGGAUGAGUUAGGAACCUCCAGUAGUUUGCCGUGUUUUCGUCUGCCUAGGAUCACCCAGUCUCAAGCUUUUACCUUGUUGCAGCUUGUAAUGAUUAAUUUGCGGAAGUUUUGCUUUCUUUUAGUUGACAGAUUAUGAUCAAACUAGUCGGUUUACAUGGACUCUUUGUAUGGAAUCAAAGAGAUGCUAUUUCCUUAUACUUGGUUUGUUCGAGAAUUCAUCAUAAUGGGCCCUCAAAUUUGGUAUUUAA